AUGUAUACUCAGGUGAGCUUGACGCACGCGCAGAGCUCAUUUCACCUGCAGUGUCAGAGAAGCAUCGUCUGAAACCAAAGGGGAAACAGAACAAAGAAGAAACCCUCAGAAACCUUCACUUUCUCACCGGAAGCACGAAGACUGAAAUAAGAUGCAGAAAUCCAAAAGCCAAUACGAGUCCUUCCUCUUCUGGAGGCAGCCAAUCCCUUCCCUCGAUCUGACGGAGCUGGAGGACUUAGGUUUGAGUGACAGGACACCGGCCAAUAGCAUCAAAGGAAAGGACAAGUCCUCCUCCCUGAGGACUCAGGAUGAGGAGGGUGAGAUGACCGAGUUUUCCUCCUUUAAUUAUUGGAGAGCUCCGAUCGCCGACGUGGACGCUCUGCUGGCCGACCUCAAGCUGCUGCUCUGAAACACAACGCUCAUCACCCGACCUCUGACCCCAGACCACCUCCACCCCCACCUGACCUCCGAUCACAGAUCAUCCAUUGUCUGACCCCAGAUCAGCAUCUUUUAGACUGUUUAAGGAAGUCAACGAGAUAAGAGCGUGGUUUUCACAUUAAAGCCGAGUGCUGCACAGGCUGAUCCUGGUUCAGAUUAAACUCCCACAGCUUUUUGUCUAAACAUUCAUUUGAAGAGUCAGCUGACGUGUUAAUGACCUGGAAUCUGUAUCCCAUCCCGAGUCCAACUUCAUGACAAUAAUAACUAUGGUAAUCCUGUCACGAAGGUGAUUAUUAAUAAGAAAAUAAUCUUUGCUGAAACAAGUCAAACAGAAAAGGAAUUAACAAUUUAAAUAUUUGCACAAGGACAGUAGAAACAUGUUUCAUUAGUUUAGAACAAGUAAACAUCUGCACCUUAUACUAUGAUUAUUCUUAUUCUUACAGAUGUUAUUCAUUAGAACUAUGAGCACAAUGAAGCUGGACUCACCGCGUGACACAGAUCCCAGAUCUGUAUGAGGAUUGUAACUCCUGCUGACGUGGACACUAUUGAUCUGCUUCUGAUUUAUUGAACAAAUGUUUUUCUGUCAUAUUUAUUCAUUUAAGCGCACUGAGACUAAAGUUUUUGUCUUUUUCCAUUUGUGCCUUUUUGGGUUCUUUGAUCCUGAGCUGCUUUAUGAAUUUAUUUAAGUCACCGUGUGAAUUUAUUUAAGUCUCUUUAUGAAUUUAUUUAAGUCAUUGUAUGAAUUUAUUUAAGUCUCUUUAUGAAUUUAUUUAAGCCUCUUUAUGAAUUUAUUUAAGUCAUCGUAUGAAUUUAUUUAUGUAUUUCUCAUGUUGUUUUUCUUAGCGGAACUCAAACUGGAUCCAGACGAAGAAAAACUGCAGCGCAAUUUGUCAGAAUGUAAAUCCUGCCAACAAUAAAACGUAAAGUCCAAAUUCA